GUUUGUGACCCCGAGGUUGAUGGAGUAGUUUAGUUGCAGCAGUUAGCCGAGCCAGUCAAAGUGUUAGUUUAAAAGUUUAACCACCAGCAGGUUUAAUACUGGAUUAAUGUGAGCCACCGAAGGCAGGUGAAAAGCAAGAAACAGCUACCAUGACUAUAGUUAUUGGAUUUGAGGGCAGUGCCAAUAAGAUCGGCAUAGGAAUCAUCAGAGAUGGCGAUGUGCUCUCUAAUCCUAGACGGACCUACAUUACCCCUCCUGGUCAAGGAUUCAUGCCGAGCGACACCGCCAGGCACCACCGUGCUGUCAUACUGACCGUCCUCAAGGAAGCUCUGGAGCAAGCUGGACUCAAGCCUGCAGACAUCGACUGUGUGGCAUACACCAAAGGUCCCGGUAUGGGUGCCCCUUUGGUGACGGUGGCUCUGGUUGCUCGUACAGUCGCACAGCUUUGGGGGAAGCCACUUCUUGGUGUCAACCACUGUAUUGGGCACAUUGAGAUGGGCCGACUCAUCACCAAAGCCAACAACCCCACCGUGCUUUAUGUCAGUGGAGGGAACACACAGGUUAUUGCAUACUCGGAGCGGCGGUACAGAAUAUUUGGGGAAACCAUCGACAUCGCAGUUGGCAACUGUUUGGACAGGUUUGCUCGAGUUAUAAAGAUUUCCAAUGACCCCAGUCCAGGUUACAACAUAGAGCAGAUGGCCAAAAAAGGGACUCAGUACGUGGAGCUGCCGUAUACAGUAAAAGGAAUGGACGUCUCGUUUUCUGGGAUUUUAUCCUACAUCGAGGAAGUUUCUCAUAAGAUGCUGAGCUCUGGUCAGUGUGCAGCAGAAGACCUGUGUUUCUCUCUGCAGGAGACGGUGUUCUCCAUGCUGGUGGAGAUCACAGAGAGGGCCAUGGCUCACUGUGGCUCCCAAGAGGUCCUUAUCGUCGGGGGCGUUGGCUGUAACCUGCGUCUGCAGGAGAUGAUGGGGGUGAUGUGCAAGGAGAGAGGAGCCAAGCUGUUUGCCACAGAUGAACGAUUCUGCAUAGACAACGGAGCAAUGAUCGCUCAAGCUGGCUGGGAGAUGUUUAGGUCUGGUCAGGUGACGGAGCUUGAGGACUCGUGGAUUACACAAAGGUACAGAACAGACGAGGUGGAGGUGACAUGGAGAGACUGACUGAGCAGCAUCUUGGUGCUGGUUGACAGCUUUUUUUUUUGGUCUUUCCUGGUAUUACAGUUUAAAGCUGUACACGGCAAUUUCUGUCUUUGGCAGCUGCAGUGAUAGGUAGUUAGAUUUUGAAAUUUGGAGUAAAAAAAUUCUGAAAGUUCAGUGAUUGAUGGUGAGAUCAGCUGUUCCUGACUGGAUUGCCGCUGAUGAGGAGCAACUGUUGAUUUGGUGACAAAGCUGUUUAUAUUCUGUUUAACAUCGUAUGGUGGUUAUCAAGCACUUGUUAAUGUGAAUGAACUGAAUAAAUAAAAAGGACUAAGAUGUAACUCGUCAAGUUUAUUCAUUUUUAUUAAGCAAUACUGUUCACUUACAUUCCUCCUCUUUCUCCAGUGUAAAUUUUUUUUAUUCAAUAAAUUCUUUUCAAAAAUCAACAUACUGAACAUGGUGAGAUCCCUUAUGGAUUCAUGAGAAAUAUUCACCCAAUUAGGGAACUGAAUAAAAACAAAAUAAGGAACACAGCAUCACGACGUGACGGGGUAAAGGGUGAAUUCUACUGUGCCUUUGACUACACCCCUCUGUAAACUGAAGACACGGAUACACACGUCCUCUGCAUACAUUAACCAUAAAACUCAAGCAGGUACAAGACAGACAUUCUUCUGUUUGUAGGGGGUUAAAUAAAUCACUCUGGUGAGGGCUUCUUGCACACAGGGAUUGGUCACAACAGAUUUUUUAAACAAAGUGCUUGAUUUACCGCUCACUUUACAGAGGACACAAAAAAAGUUUGAUAAAACUGUAGCUUUCAAAAAGGGGGGAAAUUAAAUUACAGCUCCUCAGAGAUUGUUUCUUUUUUUUUUUUUUUUUAAAAAAAGAAAAAAAAAAAAAA